CACGCGACAGGCGCGAGCAUCCAGUAGCAACAGCAGAGGAGCCGCAAUAUCGAAAAGGUGUUGGUAGCAGACAAACGGCCAUGUUGAAAGGGGCCACCACCAAGGUGGGGCUGCCCAAGCCAGGGCCCCAAGAGCGGGCCAGACUUGCGUCUAUUCCUUCCUCCUCCACCAUAUCCUCCAGCUCCCUAAGGACCUCCAGGUCCUCCAACACGCUGGCCUCAGACCUGCGCCUCAGCAGGAUGAAGAGGGCCAGUAGCGACGAUGCUCUGGCCAAGCCGGCAUUGGGGGCAGCCACUUCCAGGAUGAGGAAGACCGUCACAACUGGAGCUAUCUCAGACCUGCCAGAGGCCCGCCCCCGGACCCUGACUGGUGCCACGGGGAACAAGAAGUCCGGCAUCCCUGCACCCAAAGAGCUCCCCACCAGUAUCACCAGGGACCGCGUCUCUCUGAGAGAGCAUCUCAAGAACUCCACUGCCAAGAAGAUUGUUUCCAGUGCCAGCACGUCCAGCCUCUCCUCCAUAGCCAGGCACCCGCGCAGCACAGCCAGGGCUCGGGGCGAUGCGGAGAGCCCGGACAAGGGCCUUCUGGAGUCCCAGGUCAAAGAGCUCCAGGCUGAGGCCAAGGCCAAGGACAACGAGAUCAACAACCUGAGGAUGGAGCUGCAGCGCUUCAGAGAGAAGGCCCCCGCCGCCUCCCCGACCGCAGAGACACCGGGCUCCGACUCGUCCCAAGAGGAGUCCCCCGAGCAUGGGCCGGUUCAGGUGUCAGACGUCCUGGUGAUGGUCGGGGAGCUCAGGGAAAAGAACGCCAAGUUCCAGAAGGAGCUGGCCGGCCUCCGGGAGGAGAACCAGACUCUGAAGGAGACGCUGCUGGGCCUGGAGGCUUCUUCCAAGCCCAUGCUCAACGGCCUCCCGUCAGACUCAAACGCCUCCCCUCCUGGGGAAAACAGCCCACCCUCCGCCGGCAGCCCACUCAGAUCCUCCCUCUCCUCCAGCGCUGACAUCAAGGACGCCUCGUCCCCCGACUGCUCAGAGUUCGAGAAGAUCCCGUCCCACUCCACCUCCGCCUGCAGCAGCAUCAGCAGCGACGCCACCAGCGUACCAGCGGGGAACGGCGCGGCGGGGAACGGCGCGGCGGGGACCGGCGUCUCCGUGCAGAGCCUCACCGACCAGAUAUACAAGAUGGAGGAGAGCCACCACAGCACGGCCGAGGAGCUGCAGGCCACACUGCAGGAGCUGGCCGACCAGCAGCAGGUGGUCCAGGAGCUCACCGCCGAGAACGAGCGGCUGGCCCAGGACAAGCGGCUCCUGCAGUCCUCCCUCCAGCAACAGAGGGAGCGGGUGGACCUGGUGGCCCAGAAGAACGAGGUGCUGGCAGGGCGGCUCCAGGAGCAGGCCCAGGCCCAGGCCCAGAGGGAGGAGGAGCUGGGCAGCCAGGCUCCACGACACGCCGAGCUGGAGCAGCGGUACGGCGAGCUGGUGGAGAGCUCCCGCUUCGAGCGGGAGAAGCUGGUGGACAUCCAGCAGCAGCUGACGGGCAGCCUGCGCGCCCUGGAGCAGGAGCACCAGGAGGCCCAGGCCCAAGCACGCAGCCUCAGAGAGGAGCGGGAUGGCCUGCAGGAGCAGCUGGAGCUGGCGGCCCAGGUCGGAGAUCAGGCAGCCAAGGCCGCCGAGGGGCAGCGGGCCUGCGGCGAGGGCCUGAGGCUGGACAACAGCCGGCUCAAAGCCCAGGUGGACAUCGAGAGGCAGAAGGUCACGGAGCUCAAAGCCAUGCAGAGCGCCAGCGACAGCACAGAGCUGCAGGGGCUACUGAAGGCGGCACACGAGGAGAAGGACCGGCUGGAGGUCGAGCUGUCGGAGCUGAGGCAGGAGUUGCUGCAGGCGCAGGGGGAGGCGGAGCACGCUAAAGACACCAACUCCAAGGCGGAGAGCCGAUGCCAGCAGCUCCAGGAGAGUGCGGCGCGGCGGGAGCAGGAGCUGGUGUCCAGGGUGGGCGCCCUGGAGGAGGCAGGCCUCCAGGCGGAGAACCAGGUGAAGGAGCUGAAGGAGACCAUCUUUGAGCUGGACGACCAGGUGGAGCAGCAGAGGGCCGUCCACCUCCACACCAACCAGACCGUCCUGGACAUGGAGAAUCAUGUCAGGAAGCUGGAGGAGCAGAAGGCGGAUGCAGAGCGACAGGUCAAGCUCCUGACGAGACAAUCGAAGGAGGAGAAGGAGGAGUGGAGGCGGUUCCAGGCGGACCUCCAGACGGCGGUGGUGGUGGCCAACGACAUCAAGGUGGAGGCCCAGCAGGAGCUGCGCGCCCUCCGCAGGCAGCUGCAGGAAGAGCAGCACCGCAGUGCCAAGCUCUCCAGCGACCUGGAGGGCCUGCAGGGAGUUAGGAUGGGCCCCGUGGCCACUUUUGACACCAAGACGGCCGUGGAGGGCCGAUGAGGGGGCUCCCUCCCUACCCCCCAAGGCAGGGACCUUUCCCAUCGCAGACUGAAGACAGUGUUAUCUUUGCACAUAUUGUUUCUCCAUGUAGUUGACGUUGACGUGAUGUGCUGCAUGCAUCUGAACAGAAGCCAGACUGGGUGCUGUUGUUCAAGCAGUGCAUAGCCAAAUCCUAUGCUGGUUUGACAUGUAACUGUGUUUGUGCCACAGCAAACAAAAAAGCAUUUAUGUCUCAACAUGUAUUUUUAUUUGACGAAACUUCUAAAGUUUAUUUUCUAUUAUUUUAUUUGUGAAUGUAUGCUUACACCUGUGACUUCCUUGUUUGUGAUGAAGAAAAAUCUUAUUUUUAUGUUGUUUUUAAAGUUGCAUUUGUGCCUUUUUUUAGAUUAAAGAAAUCAUAUACACUAUUCAAAAUUCAGUUAGUUUGGAUAGAAAGUGAGGCGUCAAAAACAAGAACCCAAAAAUCAUAAAUCAAACGUUCAACUAGUAUUGUGUUGAUUGCCAAAGCCUAACAACCUAGUUAUUAGUCAAGCCUAAGUCCAGUUCUACUGCAAGAAACAGUACACAAGCACGAUGUCAGUCUGAACAUUUCAGGCAGUAUUUUGGCCUUAGAAUAUCAAAAUUGUUGUUUUUUUCUUGAUUGAAGUUUGUUCAGCUUUCUUAUAAUCCAUACAAUAUCCAACAAUUGAUUUUAAUGAUCUCUUUUAGACCGAUUAUUGUAUUGAAACAUCUGGUAGAUGUGUGAUAGGUGCUUGACGUUAAUAUCUGGGAAGGCGCUUACUGGAGCCAGUUCAUUAAAACAUCAUUCCACCGACUCGGUGUAUGGAAAUUUAGGAAAUCAAGAAAAAGAAGUGCAGUGGGAACAUUAAACCACUAGAUGGCGUUGUUGAGCCAGGGGUGCGAACACAUUGCCAUGGACCUAUUACAUGCGCUGCCCCAAACACUAUUUGAGACGAUUGAUUUCCCAUUACAUGAAAAGUCUCCACUUUUCGCUGCCAAUAAUUAUGUUCAGGACAAUGGUGAUUAUACACCUCAGCAGGGAAUUACUUAAUGGUUAAAGCCAUGUUGGCAGAACACUGCUGAUAAGGCAGUUUUAACAGCAAAUAAACCCACCUGUGCCUCUCAGAAUUACUCUUAUAUAGUCUUAGGCGAUACCAUUAAGCAGAAAGGUAGUUUUUCUAAUAAGUAUGUUUUCAAAGUAUCUUAAAACGGCUAGUUCUAAAAUACCAACGCUGAACACUGAUGAUGUUAAAUCAUUUCCGCCAUUAUGCCUGAAUCCUUGUUUUGUUCACUUUCUGAUGAGAAAUUGCAAAAUGGUUCUUUUGCUUUCAUGUAGGGUUGAAGAAGCAUGGAUUUUUGUUUCUGCAUCUCAGGAUUUGUUGAUAAUCCAGUUAUCAUCGGCGUUAUUGCAGUUUAUGCAGUUGCCGAAUCAUCUUCACAGUUUAUUCUGACUCGGAAGGUUUUAAUUUAUAUUGUCAUAUUUACAGAGAGACUCAUUGCUGUUUUUACCUGUGACGGUAUACACAGUGCUACGUGUCCAUGGUAUUUGUCAGUUUAAAUGUUGUAUUUUGGGUAGAUCAAACAAUAAAGUAUCUCCACUCCA